AUGUGGUCCUCCCAUCCUGACUUCUCCAGUGUUGUUAAGGAAGCAGGGCUUAAGCCUGUCCAAACUUUCUCAACUCCCCUCAUUGCCCUAUCCCGGAAGCUCAAAAAUGUCAAAGAAGCCUUAAAGAUUUGGAAUACUAACAUUUUUGGGAAUAUUUCUUCUCUUACCACUGAUUGCAAGAACCGUCUGUCCUCCAUACAGGCAUGUCUUCAGAUAGAUCACCUGAACUCCUCUCUUACAGAGGGGGAGAAAGCUGAAACUGCUAUCCUCUCCUCUCUUCUGGCCCAGGAAGAAAGUUUCUUAAGGCAAAAAGCUAGAAUAAAUUGGUUCAAAUUAGGAGACUCCAACUCUUCUUAUUUCCACCGAUCCUUGAAAGCUAGAAACAACUUCAACUCCAUCACCAUGCUAGCAUCUCCUCAUGGCACCCAUGUUUCCAAAGUGGAUGAGACAAAAGAGGUGGCUACCAAUCACUUCAAUAACUUGUUCAAUCCGGUUGCUUCCCUGGUCCUGCACAUCCCUGAGGGGCUUAUUAACAAACUUGUUCCAAAUGAUGUUGUUCCAACGGUCUGGGCCAUUCCCUCUGAUGAAGAGAUUACAGCUGCAAUCAAAUCUCAUAAAUCCAGCAAAGCCCCUGGGCCUGACGGAUUCAGUAUGGGAUUCUUUGACUCGACCUGA